AUGAAUUGUAGAAAAGAUGAAUGUGUGACAGUAUUGCUGGGUGCUCAGUGGGGUGAUGAAGGGAAGGGAAAAAUCAUUGAUUAUCUGAUAUCUACAAAUAAGGUUGAUGUGAUAGCUCGUUGUCAAGGUGGAAACAAUGCAGGUCAUACUGUUGUAAUAAAGGGACGUAAAUAUUUUUUCCAUAUUUUGCCAUCGGGAAUAAUCGAUGAGAAUUGUUUUAGUAUUAUUGGAAAUGGUGUGGUGCUGAAUUUGGAUGCCUUUUUCGCCGAACUGGAUCACAAUGGCAUCACUCAUUUACCGGGCUGGGAAAAACGAAUUAUGAUUAGCGAAAAUUCUCAUUUAAUAUUUGGUGUUCAUAUGCAAGUUGAUGGGAAGCAAGAGGACUCAUUAAGUACAAACAAAAUUGGAACAACAAAUAGAGGAAUCGGGCCAACAUAUUCGAGCAAAUGUUUUCGAAAUGGAAUUCGUCUUGGCGAAUUGCUUAGUGACUUUGAUCGCUUUUCACGCCGUUACUUGUCUUUGGUAGAACAUUUUCGUCGACAGUUUCCAAAUAUAAUUGUCGACACUGAAGCAGAGCUAAAGAAAUUCAAGAACCAUGCAGAAGAACUGAAAAGGCUGAAUAUUGUUGGGGAUACAAUCGCGCUUCUUGCUGAAUUCCGUAAACAAAAAAAAAAUGUUCUUGUCGAAGGUGCGAAUGGAACUUUACUUGAUAUCGACUUUGGCACUUAUCCCUAUGUUACUUCAUCAAAUGCGACAGUAGGCGGUGCGAUAACUGGUCUUGGUAUACCACCAUUAGCAGUAAAGGAUGUAAUCGCAGUGGUUAAAGCGUACCAAACGCGAGUAGGAUCUGGUCCAUUCCCAACAGAAAGAGAGGAUGACGUCGGAUGUAAAUUGCAGACUCUUGGCCAUGAAAUUGGUGUCACAACAGGUCGCAAACGACGAUGCGGUUUCUUGGACCUUUUUCUCUUAAAAAGAGCCCAUAUUAUAAAUGGAUUUACUGCCUUAGCUUUGACGAAGCUAGAUAUUCUCGAUGCCUUUUCAGUUAUAGAUGUUGCGGUCGCUUAUAAGUUGGAAGGAAAAGAAAUUGUAUCACCUCCAUCAUGUGCAGAAGAUUGGAAGGAUAUUGAAGUAGUUUAUAAGUCACUGCCUGGAUGGGCAACACCAAUAUUUCAAAUUCGAAAAUUUGACGACUUACCGAAAAAUUGUCGUGAUUACGUUGAAUUUAUCGAACAAUUCAUUGGAGUACCUGUUAGAUGGAUUGGUGUUGGUGAGGAUCGCGAAGCUCUGAUAGUUAGAAAUUGA